UUCUGUCUGCUCCUAGCAACAUGCCCUCUAUGUUUGAGAGAACUAGCAAGAAUAUCACCAAAGAGAUUGGAGACAAAGAUCUGAGGCCUGCCAAAAACUUGUUGAGUGCCACCAGAAUACAUCAGUUUUCUUUAUUACUGAAGAGGAAGACUCACUCACAGUUCUGGGAACAACCUGAAGUUCCAAUUGAAGUCUCCCUCAUGGACAUCCUCGAACCAAGUUCUUCAGUCCCAGAAACUGUCAAGACAGGACAGUUCCACAUCACUGACACUGCGGUCAAGAAGUGGAAGGCUCGUGUGAGUGUGAAUGCUGGAGUAGAAGCGGGCUUGUUGCCGGAAGCUGCUGAGUUCUAUGGAUCCUCCCUCCAAUAUCAGAUUGUUACCAUCCCAUUCCAUACCUGGACAGACCUUCAAAAGAGGAAAUUGUUGGAUCCAGAGCCAUUAUUUCUGAAGCAGUGCCGGAAAACAGCUGUGAACUUAUAUGUUGUGACAGAGAUAGUGGAACUGCUCAACAGUCCUGUGCUGUAUGAAACCAGAAGUGAGAACAUUUUGGGAAAAUUUUCCUUCACUUGGAAUAUGUUUGUUAAGGGUGAAGGAGCGGGAGAGCGUCUCAAAGUGAGAGAGAAGGAGCUGACUCUGCAGAAGGGCAUGGUGAUGGCCUAUAAGAGGAAACAGCUGGUUUUCAAGGAGAAUGGCUGGGACAUUCUUCUCAUCUCAGAUGAUGACAAGCGGAACACCUUUCCAGAAGAGUUCAAGCACCUACAAGAGGAGGUUUCCCAGCAAAUGGAGGCAUUGGCCCAGCUCUCAACGGACGUCCAGGAUGCUAUAUUCCAUAAUAUCCUGGCCAUGCUCGGGGACAGAGGGGCCCUGCAGGACCUCAUGGACAUGCUUGAACAGGAACACUUGGGUCAUUUGAAUGGCCCUGGAGGCACCAUCCUAAAUGAACUGCGAAAGGACUCAAGAUAUCAAUGGGUUAAACCAAAGUACCCCAUCCUUUACCUGCUUGAGGCCAUAAUGGUACUGAGUGACAUCCCACAUGAUCUGCUGGCCCAGUCCAAGGAGAAGAGGAUCCUGUUCCAUCAGCGGGAGCUGGUGAGGAGCAUCCUGGAGCCCAACUUCAGCUACUCCUGGAACAUUCCCUUCAUCAUCAAGCGCAACCUCCUUGCCCCACUCCAGGGGGAGGGUUUGGCCAUCACCUAUGGCCUGCUGGAGGAGUGUGGCCUGAAGAUGCAGCUGGAUAGCCCCAGGUCAACCUGGGAUCUGGAAGCCAAGAAGCCCCUGUCUGCCCUGUAUGGGAUCCUCUCGAUGCUGCAGCAGCUGGCGGAGGCCUGAGGCUUCCCUCGUGGGUGGUCAGUCCAGAGAGGCCUGGCCCCCGCCCCCAGUCUAUGCUGUGAGUGUCCUCGAUGGGCUCAGGGGACCCAGGGUCACGCCUCUCUGCCUUUCCCGGUGGGAUAGAGACAGGGAUGGACGGAGACUGGAGGGAAAGUCCUGGGGUGAUGGAAAUCUCUCUGUCUAGAUAAAGGUUUACGCAUUUGUCAAAACUCCUCCAAUAGUGUGCUGAAGAAUCGAGCAUUUCUCUGUAAAUUUUACUUCAAAACAAUGUAGACAAAUACUGAACUCUAGUUAAUAGUAUGCAUUCUGAAUUGUUUUGGGUGAAGUGCGCUGAUGUCAGUAAUUUACUUCAAAGUGCACCAAAAAAUAAGGUGGAUUGAUGAUAGAAAGACAUAUAUGUGACCAAGGAAAUGUGGUAAAAUGUUAAUAAUUAGGGAAUAUGGGUGUAGGAUAUAUGAGAGUUCUUUUUUAUUCCUGAAACACUUUGUAAGCCUGAAAUUGUUUCAAAUAAAAAAUCA